AAUUGAUUUAAGAUAUAUAAAGCAUCAAUAUACUUAUUAUUUUCGAGUCCUUAUUAAUACAGGCUAUCAUCCAAGUGACUUCCUCUUUACAAGCUUCAUAGACAGCUGCUCCGUUCUUUUUUUUUUUACAUAUAAUUCUUACCAUUUUUGGAAUACUAUUUAUUUCUUGAAUUUUUUUUCCCGAUCCCACGCUUUGCUCUUAUUUUAUCCAUUUUAAGGCAUGUCUUCCCUUGAAAAGAACACUUCUGAGACGUCAAGAGAUGCUCUGAAGGCUGAUGAAGUUGUCUUCCCUGCAGCUUGCCAUGCGCAGCUAGGCAAAGAUAUUCAUCCUUCUUCUUCUAGUUCUAUUUCCACCAUUGGUGGAGAACUUAAACGUACCUUCUCAGUAUGGUCCGUGUUGGGAGUAGGGUUUGGACUCACAAACUCUUGGUUCGGGAUUUCAGCAUCCCUUAUCACGGGGAUUCAAUCCGGAGGUCCUAUGCUUAUUGUCUAUGGUAUUAUCAUCAUCACAUUUGUUUCAUAUUGUAUUGGUAUUACCUUGUCAGAACUUUCUUCUGCUAUCCCAUCGGCUGGUGGUCAAUAUGUGUGGACUAGAGUUCUUUCCCCAAAGAAAUAUUCCUCAUUUUUAGCUUAUUUAUGUGGUUCAUUUGCAUGGGCAGGUUCUAUUUUCACUUCUGCUUCCAUGGCAUUGGCUAUUGCAAAUGAAAUUAUGGGAUUUUGGAUUUUGAUGCAUCCAGAACACAAAUCUCAAAAAUGGCAAUUGUUCAUUAUUUAUCAAAUUAUCAAUGUCUUUUUGGUUUUGUUCAAUUGUUAUGGGAAACUUCUCCCAUCUAUUGCUAAUGGUGCGUUAUACAUUUCCUUAUUCUCAUUUGUAACCAUUACUAUUACUGUAUUGGUUUGUUCAAGAGGUAACUAUCAACCAGCUGAAUUUGUAUUUGUUAAUUUUGAAAAUGGAACUGGUUGGUCAUCUGCUGGUAUUGCCUUUAUCGUGGGUCUUAUUAACCCUAAUUGGUCGUUCUCAUGUUUAGAUUGUGCCACUCACUUGGCUGAAGAAGUUGCUCAACCUGAAAGACUUAUUCCAAUUGCUAUUAUGGGUACUGUCACCAUUGGUUUCGUUACAUCAUUCUGUUAUUCCAUCGCUAUGUUUUUCAGCAUUCAUAACUUGGAAGCUAUUUUGAAUUCAACUACUGGUAUGCCAAUCUUGGAUAUUUAUUAUCAAGCUUUAGGAAAUAAAGCUGGUGCUAUUUGUUUGGGAGUCUUGAUUCUCUUAACCGCUUGUGGCUGUACUAUCGCAUCCCAUACUUGGCAAGCUAGAUUAUGUUGGUCAUUCAGUAGAGAUAAUGGAUUACCAUUUUCCAAAUAUUUAUCAAUCAUUGAUCCAAAAUUGGGAGUUCCAUUGAAUGCACACUUAUUCUCAUCUCUUUGGGUUGCCAUCUUGGGUCUUUUAUAUUUGGCUUCUGAUGCUGUUUUCAACUCAAUGGUUACUGGAUGUAUUACAUUCUUAUUAUUAUCCUACUUGGUUCCUACACUUUGUUUAUUAUUCAGAGGUCGUAACAAUAUCAAACAUGGUCCAUUCUGGUUAGGUCAUUUAGGUUUAUUUGCCAAUUGUGUGACCGUAUUUUGGUCAUUCUUUGCCCUUAUUUUCUUUUCAUUUCCAUCCUUCAUGCCUGUUACUGCUGGAACUAUGAAUUACGUUUCUGCAGUUCUUGGAAUUUACCUUUUAUGGACAUUGGCUUACUGGUGGUUCCCAGUGAAAGGUUGGGCUUGUAGAGACAAUUUUGCCGGAGGAAGAGGAAACGAUGAUGAAGAAGAAUUUGCUGACGUUUGCUUGUAAAAA